UUUGAUGGUUGAAAGCCUUAGUUGUACAAGAGUUAAAUAUAUCUUUUUUUUCCCACAGCAAAAUGUUAUAAACAACUAUCAACAAAUAUAUUCAACUAACAACGAUCAGGUAAUUAAUAAGGAUAUUGUAAAUGAAGAGGAAACAAUAUCAGUUUCGACAAAUGAAGAUCCUCCGACAAUUGAAGAGCAACCAGUCCCGAUACCAACAAAAACACUGACUUUUGAAGUAAGUCCAUAUGUCUAUAGUACAAAGUUAUGUUUGAUAUCAUCAGUUUUAUCUCAUGUGGAAGUUAGUUGUGAAAUUAAAAUGAAAGGUAAGUGUCCCACUGGUAAUCUAACUGAUCAUUUGCUAUUGCAGGAAAUGCUGGCAGAACUUUCCUCUGUAGAUGACAGUUUCAGCAAGAAGGAAGCGAAGCUGCUCAGAAUGAUGGAGUCUAUAGAGAGGAUUACAGCCAAUGUGGAGGCUAUUAGUGAAGAGGAACAGAAGAGAAGAGACACUGAGCGUCUCCUGUCUCGUACCACUUCUUCAGAGGGACAAAUAGAAAGCUUUCUGAACAGCAUGAAAGUUGACAAGACUAAAAUCUCCUCAUACAUGUUCUACCUAUUGCUAUUACUGCUGGGUGCUUUGAGCUUCUCCCUGUAUCUGAAUAGAAAGUUGGGAAAGAAGCUGAACAAGGAUGUUCCCCAUGCCAGAGAAGAGAAGCAAAGUGUAGGAAUUCAGACUUACUUCCAAAAGGUCCGUGCACCCCCAGUGGUCCAGGAUCUUUUGAUGGAGGAAAGUGAGGAUGAAUAUGCUUCAGAGGAUAUUUCAGAUGGUUCUUUCUCCAUACCAGAAGCCAAGAAAACCAAAAAGAAAAGGUUUGGCUUCAAUGUGCGCAAAUGUUUCUGCCACUGUAUAAAAUGGAGAAACAAGAAGAGAAGCAAAACUAUUGAUUCUGAGAAAGAGAAUGAGACGUCAGAUGAAGGUGAAGAUCUUUUAGCCACGAGGCCCAAAAAGAAACGUUUUGGGCUUAAUGUGCGAAAAAGUUUCUUCCGUUGCUUAAAACGAAGAAACAAGAAGAAAAAGAAAAGUCUAACCUUGCCCGACCUUGAGACAUCUGAGGCGAGUGAGGGAAACCUGGAUGAGAGUUUGGAUGUAACUGAGGAAAGUUAUGAAGAAACAUCCAGUGUAAGCACUGAAAUAACCGACGAUACAUCGUAUGAAACAGUAGAAAGUGAGCCCAUAAAUAUAACGGCAGGGAGAAAGAAGAAGCGAGGCUUUAACAUUCUUCUUUGCUGUAAGGAAUGUAAAACCUUGGGCUCUGAAACCAGAGAAACCACCAAGGGGAAAAAGAAACGCCUCGGGCUUAAACUUAGGAAAUGUUUCUACUGCUAUAAACUAGCAAGGAACAAGGGAAGUCAUAGAAAUAAGAAACGGUUAUGGCAAUGGCGCCAACCGUCAGAUGGAGAAGAGGAAAGUCUCUAUGAGACGCCUGAUGAGGUCUCCAUUGCAAGCAAUGACACAACAGAUGGGACUUCCUAUGAGACUAUAGAGAGUGAUGAGUCCGUGUAUGUACUAGCCAGGGAAAAGAAGCACAGAGGCUUUAGAAUUCUUUACUGGAAGGAAAAACAUAAAGAGGAAAAAGCUAAGAGGGACAAAAAGAAACGAUUAGGAUUUAAAGUUGGCAAAUACUUCCACCGCCGGUCUUAAAAAACUCAACGAUAGAGGAAAAAGACAUAAAGUAAAAAGAACUCAGUCAGAGGUGGCAGAAUGAACCCCAGGGGGGAGGGAAGGGACCACCAGUGACAGGAGGAAGGAGGACAUGGAAGGAAGGAUGGAGUCACUGGUGGGAGGAGUCAUCCCUGUUAGAGGGAGUGGGAUGACCCCUGGGGUCAUUCAUAGGCAGAAAAGAACAACUCCAGAAACACACGUUACCCUACUGCACUCAGGUCGCCUCUGGGUGCCGGCCAUCAAGGUUCCUUGAAUCACAGUAUAGAAGAGAAAUGCAGCAACUUCCGGAUCUAAUCCCAUAAAAGUAUUAUUUAUUGGUAUAUAAUAAAAAAGUAUAGACUUGA